UCAAUCUGUAGGAGAACUUCAAUACCUUGCUUGACAUGUACUGCACGCCUAUUCCACGGAGCUGUCAACGCGGUGUGGUUCGUCAAGCAAAUGACAAUCCAAUCGGAGCGACUCGGGUUAAUGGGCUUGACAAAGGAUCUCAAUUCUUUGCCAAGCUGAAUGUGAGCUGGGUGGGUCACAUAUGAACUACAUCUCAUCUUGACAUGUGAUGAUGUGCUCCGGUGUGUUGUGGUCUAUUUCCGUUGGUAGGAUACGUAGCAUGCGAUGGGGAAAGCUAAGGAGAAUUAGACAUGCAGGGGCGACCGAGACUCGGAGGCCGGCAUGCAGGCAGAGCCUUUGCUGUAGAAUCCGACUGAAGAGGACAAGCCGCGGGCGUUUCUUUCUCUGGAGUUCUCGAUCCAUUGUUGAAGAAGUACGCUUCCUGUGUCUAGGGCAACAAUGGACUGCUAUGAGCCCUGGGCCAUGAGUCGUUUGCCAGUACUUGUGCGGCGACUGCGGAGAAUUUG